UAUAUCUAGAGAUAGAGAGAGAGAGAGAGCGUUGGGUUGACGUCGUUUGCAAACCGCGUCCCCCUCUCACGUCCCCACAAAACGACCCCGACCUCGACCUCGACCUCGACCUCCCGCUCCUCCCUCCCCUCCACCACCACCGCCACCUCCGCCGCCGCAAGCCGCCGCCGCCGCCGCCGACGCCGACGCCUCCUCCAUGCCUCUCUUCCUCCUCCUCCGCUCCGCGCUUCCCGGAUUCCACCGCGUCCCGAGCCCCGCGCGUUGCCUCAUUUGAUCCCUCACCGUGGCUUUCGCGCACGAUGAUCGGCUCGUUAUGCGCUGGCUCCAGAACAUCUCCUUCUCCAGCUCCUCCUCCUCCAACUCCAACUCCUCCUCCUCCGCCGGCCAGCCCUCCCCCGGAUCAGCCUCCCCGUCGCCCAGCAGGAAGGACCGCCGCGGCGGCCGCUCCGGCGGCUCCGGUAGCGCCGGUGGCGUCCGGUUCGGGCGGAGGCUGACGCGCCAGGUGAACCUGCGGUACCUGAGCGACCGGGAGAUCGACGGGGCGCUCCAGCUGCCCCCUCCUUCCCCCGACGGGAGUCGCCCCCGGCCGGCGGCGGUGGUGGUGGCCGCGGCCCAUCCCCUCCCGCUGCCGGAGCUGGCGCUGCUGCUCCGCCGGAAGAAGGGGCUCUCGGGGUCGGGCUCGCAGACGGGAGAUUGCCCGCUCCCGUCGCCGGAGGAGGCCGGCGUUAAUAGAGACAGAGAAGGCGAUGUGGGCGGCGACGGACCUGCGCCCGCUGCUUCGGUUGGCUGCGCUCUUGCAUACCAGAAUGGAAAUGAGGUUGUGGAGAAUGUUGAUGUGGGGCUGUCUAUGGCAGUUUGUCUAAAUAGAAGAGGUGUAGAAAGAUCUGGAGACAAUUUCAGGCUCAAUGUGCCUGCUAGGAGUGUCCCCACUAGCCCUUUUGCUAGUCCUGCACCUAGCCCACAAAGAACGUCAGUUGGUGAUCUUUUACCAUACUAUUACUUAACUGCGAGAGGAAACAAUAUAUGGUCUUCACCUGAGAUGCCAACUGGUUCGCCUUCCCCAUCAUUCUUGGAGCACAUUGGUUCGCCCCUUCCGAGUCCUCAAACAAAAACUCCUCGUCGAACUUCUAAAAGUUCAUGUGGAACUGCAUCGCCAAUGCAUCACAAGUCAUUGGUUGAAAAUUCUACAGCUUGGCGUGAAAGUAAUAUUCCAGCUAGUGUCCACCCUUUACCUCGUCCUCCUGGAGCAGCUUUGCCUUCCCAUUCACCUCACAAUGCUCAAGUCACUGUAAAAACAGAGUCCUUGCCACUAAAAAGUCAAUGGCAAAAAGGAAAGCUUAUUGGACGUGGCACAUUUGGGAGUGUUUAUGUUGCUACCAAUCGAGAAACUGGGGCUCUCUGUGCAAUGAAAGAAGUUGAAUUAUUGCCUGAUGAUCCAAAAUCUGCUGAAUGCAUGAGGCAGUUACAGCAGGAAAUCAAAGUGCUCAGCCGACUUAAGCAUCAGAAUAUUGUGCAGUAUUAUGGCAGUGAAAUUGUUGAGGAUCGGUUUUAUAUAUAUCUUGAGUAUGUUCAUCCUGGUUCCAUCAACAAAUAUGUCCGGGAUCGUUGUGGGGCCAUAACAGAAUCAGUUGUCCGCAAUUUCACUCGGCACAUUCUGUCCGGAUUGGCUUACUUACAUAGUCAGAAGACGAUACAUAGGGACAUCAAGGGGGCUAAUUUACUUGUGGAUGCAUCUGGAAUUGUCAAACUUGCUGACUUUGGGAUGGCUAAGCAUCUAACUGGACAAAAGGCCGAUCUCUCUCUAAAGGGAAGUCCAUAUUGGAUGGCUCCAGAGCUCAUACAGGCCGUGAUGCAGAAAGAUAAUGGCUCCGAUCAUGCUCUUGCUGUUGAUAUAUGGAGUUUGGGAUGCACUAUUGUCGAAAUGCUAACUGGCAAACCUCCUUGGAGUGAGUUUGAGGGGGCUGCAGCUAUGUUUAAAGCUAUGAAUAAUUGCCCAUCAAUACCUGAAACAUUAUCAUCUGAGGGAAAGGAUUUCCUGCAAUGCUGCUUUCGAAGGGAUCCAGCUGAAAGGCCUUCGGCAGCCAAGCUACUUGAACAUCCUUUCCUCAAAAGCUCACAACAGAUAGAUGUCCCGCCUCAUACUCAAGCGCUAAGCAGAAAAUCUACGGAUUUAUCCCAUGGUCCACAAGAGCAUGUCAAGCAUACUGUUGACAAGCUGCCCAUCUUGCCAACAGCUGCACAAAGUACAGCAUUUAAGGCAGUUAUUGACAGUGAGGGUGGCCGACAAUCUCAUGUUGAGACUCCUGACUUGACACAAGUGUCCCGUUAUUCUCCUCGUUCUACCCUUGAGGUGCUUUCCAAUUUGUCUCCUCCUCAUUCAGAUCAAACAACGAACUAUCCCAGUCCAUCUUCUAAUCGUACUAGCUCAUUCAAAAGCGGUGCUAAAAAGAAUCGACUUUCCAGAUGAUUUAUUUGGGGAGAGCUGCCAGGUUCUGCUCUUAAUCAGGCUCUGAUGUAGAUGGACUCUGUGCUUGCACAAGGAGUUCACAUGCAGCUCAAAGUUUUAUUCGUAGCUUCCUUGUCUCGUUCUAGAAUCAUUGUCGCCUGAAGUCAUAAAUGCUUGCUUGCACUGGAAGUCUUGACACAUUUUAGGAGCCGAUUUUGUAUCUACACACAGGCAUGGGGGCAUCAGUUGCAGCUAUUGAAGUUGGUCUUUACAACUUGCACUUUCUUGAGGCAAUUUCUUCACCUCAUCAUGUAACUGAUGUAGUGCGAGUGAGUCUGUAGAUAAUAGCUUUCGUGUACAAUAGUUUCUUUCAAUAGGGAUGUUGUAUGAAUUGAAACAGAGGAGGAGAUUUUUUAAGAGGAAUUAAUGGUGAGGCUCGUCUCUUGUACCUGUACAGAUUCAUUGCAUCAACUUGAUGCAUAGUCAAACAUUAUUUGUGAGAUUUCUCUCUGAAAUCAGACUCGAUUAUCCAGUUAUGUGACGUAUGAAAAAACAACUAGAAGGAUGAAUUCUUU